UUCCCAAAAGGUAAAACCACUUUACGCGUCGGACCGGGAACUACUUUCUCCCGGCUACGCGACGCGUCUUUGUCGCGUCUCCUUGGAAAUUCUGAACAGCUCUCUCCUGCCUUCAAAACGAGCACUUGGUCGUUGAUAUCUUCACUUCUGCCGUGCUUUGAUCAAAAUACGCUCCUUUAACAAACAGGCAUACGCAGAUAAUAUAUCCCUCUGAAUUUCGACAAUCCAUAUCCACCGUAUUCUGGUGGCCCAGCAUGUCUUCCCUCUUCGAGGCCGUCCUGCAAUCUGAGGCCGGAGCGAAUGCCAGUCCCCGCGCACAAUGGCAUCAGCCAGACCACCCAUCCAGCUCUCGUCCACAGCUGUUAUCAGAGAGCAAUGCGCCUAUGAGUGAUAUGCAAGCACUUCCAGAUGAUGAAAUCGUCGGUACAACAAAUGGCGCCAUCAACCGUCUUCGGAAUCCAUACGCAACUGCGCCCGCCCCAGUUCGUGACGUCGCGGGAGAGAAGGUGCAGCAGGCCUUUGAAGAACUGCUUGAGACAUACAUAGAAGACCCUAUGUCAUCAGCACCGGCCCCAUCCUCAGCAACCUAUUUCGGGGACAAGUACUACGUCGCGCAAAUCAAAGGCAUGGCGAUGUUCGAAUUGUCCACGUUAUAUGUGGAUUACACACAUUUGACCUCUGUGGAUAACCAAAUCCUGGCCGAUGCCAUUGCCAAUCAAUACUACCGAUUCCAACCCUUCCUCAUUCGAGCUCUCCACAAUCUUAUUGCCAAAUACGAACCCGAUUAUUUUGCGUCUCACCGCCAACCGACUAGCAAUGCCUCACAGCCUGGGUCGUCUGUCUUUGCAGCUAAUACGAGUGCCAGUGAUACCCAGAGCGGGGACUCAGCAUUCAAGAAGAAGACACUACAUCAACAGACUGAUAGAGUAUUCUCGCUAGCAUUCUACAAUUUGCCACUUGUCUCCCGGCUGCGACAAUUGCGAACAUCACAUAUUGGAAAGUUACUCUCAAUUUCAGGGACAGUAACGAGAACGUCAGAAAUUCGCCCCGAGUUAUCCCUCGGCACCUUCAUCUGUGAGGGAUGCCGAACACCAGUCCCGAAUAUUGAGCAGACUUUUAAAUACACCGAACCAUCUCAGUGCCCCAACCCAACUUGUGGUAACAGAGUUGGCUGGCGUCUUGAUAUUGGCAAGAGUACUUUUAUCGACUGGCAAAAGAUUAAAUUGCAAGAAUCAUCUCAUGAAAUCCCCACUGGCAGCAUGCCACGUACAAUGGAUAUCAUCGUCCGAGGAGAAAUGGUUGAUCGAGCAAAAGCCGGUGAAAAAUGUAUCUUUACUGGAACACUGAUUGUUGUCCCCGACGUAAGCCAACUCGGGUUACCAGGUGUGCGACCUGAAGCAAACCGUGACAAUGGCGCUUUCCGUGGCGGUGACAUCGGAGGCGGAGGCGUUUCUGGCCUGAAGUCACUGGGAGUGAGGGAUCUGACUUAUCGCCUGGCUUUCCUUGCCUGCAUGAUUACACCGGACUUAACAACACCCGGCCAACAGACCAACCAGCACCUCAGUGGCCAGUCUCACAAUAUUUUGGCUUCGCUUAACCAGAAUGACCAAUCAUUCGAGGGUGAGGAUCAUGCACAGGAGGCUUUACUGCAAACCAUGACUCCGGCAGAAGUCCAAGAGCUGAAACAACUAGUUGAGAGUGAGCAUAUCUAUCAACGACUAGUCAACUCCCUUGCUCCAAUGAUCUACGGUCAUCAAUCGAUCAAAAAGGGUCUUCUUCUUCAAUUGAUUGGUGGUGUUGGUAAGAGUACCGAACAAGAAGGCAUGCAGCUUCGUGGUGAUAUCAACAUUUGCAUUGUUGGUGAUCCCUCGACAAGCAAGAGCCAGUUUUUGAAAUAUAUUUGCUCCCUCCACCCACGCGCCGUCUACACAAGUGGUAAAGCCUCAUCAGCAGCCGGGUUGACGGCUUCGGUUGUCAAGGAUCCCGAGACUGGAGAGUUCACAAUUGAAGCUGGUGCUUUAAUGUUAGCUAAUGGAGGAGGUAUCUGUGCUAUCGACGAGUUCGACAAAAUGGAUAUUGCGGAUCAGGUUGCCAUUCACGAAGCUAUGGAACAACAGACAAUUUCCAUCGCUAAGGCUGGCAUUCACACAACCCUGAAUGCUCGGGCAUCCAUUCUUGCCGCAGCCAAUCCUAUUGGUGGCCGAUACAACCCAAAGACCACAUUGCGGGCAAAUCUGAAUCUUAGCGCCCCUAUCAUGAGUCGAUUCGAUUUGUUCUUUAUUGUGCGUGAUGAGCCGAAUGAGCAAGUUGAUCGUAACCUCGCAACUCAUAUUGUCAACGUCCAUAUGAACCGAGAUGAAGCCGUCGAGCCCGAGAUCAGUACUGAACUCCUCCAGCGUUACAUUCGACUAGCCCGAACAUUCAAACCCGUCUUUACAGAAGAAGCAAAGGCGGUCUUGGUAGAGAAGUACAAAGAAUUGCGAGCCAAUGACGCGCAAGGAGGAAUCGGAAGGUCUUCUUACCGCAUUACCGUCCGUCAAUUGGAAUCGCUCAUUCGUCUCUCUGAAGCUGUGGCCAGGGCCAACUGUGUAGAGGAGAUUCUUCCUAGAUUCGUUCGCGAAGCAUAUAACCUCCUCCGCCAGAGUAUCAUUACUGUUGAGAAAGACGACGUGGAGGUCGACGACGAGGCAGAUGAUGAACCGGCUCCACGCCAGGAUGGUGACGACGAUAUGACCGAUGCUCGUGAUCGUGAUGGUGAUAGCCCUAUGGGAGACGAGGAUGAACCAGCCCAAGCGACGCAAACACAAACACCUCGGCAGAAGACAAAGAUUACGUACGACAAGUACAUGAAGAUUCUCAAUCUUCUCGUUCGACGGGUCAACGAGGACGAAGCGAAGAACGGUGAAGGCGUUGAGCACAAUGAAUUAGUGACCUGGUACUUGGAGAAUAUUGAGUCUGAACUAGAUAGCCAGGAGGAUCUGGAUCGGGAACGCGAUCUUGCUGAGAAGGUGCUGAAGCGGAUGGUGAAGGAUAAUAUUCUCAUGCCUAUCCGUGGCCAAGGUCUUGCAGAUGAUAUACAAGAUCAACAACAGUCGACAUCGAGGCUUGUGUAUGUGCUGCAUCCUAACUGCGCGAUUGAGGAAAUGUAAAAUGCUGUCACGUUAAUAAUGCAUGUAAUCAUGAAUGAUGUUAGCUCAUAGAAGCGAUAGUAUUGAUGUUAUGAUUCAUAUUCAAUUUGAUCUCGGAGUGCCCUCCGGAUGCAGAUUAUGCUAAACCCGGAUGAGUCUGAGAAAUUAAACAAGAAAUAAUGAUGAUGAUGAUGAUAACAA